AUGGUUCUGUCAGUCCCAGUGAUUGCUCUGGGAGCUACAUUGGGGACUGCUACCAGUCUCCUUGCCUUAUGUGGUCUUACCUGCUUCUGCAAAUAUAAGCGACCUGGGAAAGGAUCCUCAGACAAGGAACGGGAUCUGGAGACGGAAAAUGCCAAACCUAGCGUGCUUCAGGCACUCCAUCAGUUUAAUGUUGAGAAGACAGCAGAGCCAGUACAACCCCACAUCCUCGGUUUUCCUCACAUCUAUGGCCCAAAGCCUAUCGUGACCACCUCAGAAAUUGUUAACUAUAUAGAUUACAACUUGAAGACAGUAGAAGAACCAAGCAAGGGAAAAUCUGAAGCUCUGGAUAAGAAAAGGAUGACCAUACAAGUCAAUGAAGAGCUAUUUCUUCUCCCUCAAAAUGGUGGUGUAAAGGAUGUUUGUGUCACUGAGCGCCUCAGUCCUGAAAAUGCUGUAGGCUGCAAUCAAGUCCCAGAACUUCAUUAUUGUCUGGGCUACAACCGACAGAAAGAAGCACUGUCCGUUGCUUUCCUUGAAGCCAUAUCUUCAUCUAUUAACCAAAACAAUGGAAGUGAUUGCUACAUCUUAGGCACUUUGAUGAGGCAAUCUGGAACUAUAGAAGCCCAGACUGUGAUGAAGAAGAAGCAAGUCCACAAUGUCUGGGAAGAAGCUCUACUGUUUCCGAUUAAGGAGAAGAUGCUGCCAGAGGGGACAUUAACCCUCACCUUGAGGAACUGUGACAAGUUCUCUAGACACAGCAUUAUUGGUGAGAUUAAACCAAAUCUGGCUUCUGUAGGGGAGCAAUAUGGACCAGUACAGUCUGAGAAAGUGAAAGUCCUUGACAAGGAACCAGACACGGGCUAUGGAGAAGUUCUGCUUUCUAUCAGCUAUUUGCCUGCAGCAAGCCUGCUGUGGUACUUUAUAAAGCCAAGAACCUCAUUCCAACAGCUGAAAGAACUCAUUGGAAAAGAUAUAUCUGUCAAAGUGACACUGAAGCACCAGGCCUUGAAACUGAAAAAGAAGCAGACAAAGCAUGCAAAACACAAGAUCAACCCAGUAUGGAAUGAGAUGAUCAUGUUUGAGGUUCCCCAUGAUCUGCUCUGUGCUUCAAGUGUAGAGCUGGAGAUGCUAAGCCAGGAUGCUGAUGGGCAGAACCGCUUACUGGGCAAGUGUAGCCUUGGUCUGCAUGCUGUGGGAACCGAGAGGAACCACUGGGAAGAGAUGCUGAGGAACCCCAGGAGGCAGAUUGCUAUGUGGCACCAACUUCACAUGUAGAUAACAAGGUGGAAAUGCUGAUUCUCUCAUGUUCAGUAACCUGG